AUGUACCGGUCACCGUCGCCAUAUGCGCCCCCUCCAGAAGCCCUGUAUAACACAUCACCCUACAGCGCUGCUGCCCCAGCUUCGCCCUACACAACGUCUGCUUCAUCUUCACCUCAGUCUGCCCAAAUUUCCCCAGGAUCGAUAACAUAUACCACGUCUACGACUGCCGAUGGAAAGAUCAUCUACCACCCAUUCAAGGCUGUGCCAGCAAGUUAUCAAACCCCUUCGGGAGUUGUUUCUGGCAUCCAAUGGGUCCCAGCAGAAGCUACCCAGAUCUUGCCAGCAGGCGCUCAACCUGCGAGCACGGAUUUCGCCGAAGCCUGGAACCGAGGAAAUCUGAGCAAAGAAGACAAGAAUGCACUCAAGGAAUGGCAACGUGCUGAAGAUAAACGUAGGAGGAAAGAAGAAAAACAAUCAACAAAGGUUCUGCGCGAAAAGGGACUAGGUCAAACACGAUUUGACGAUGACGCUCUUCGUUAUGCUCGCGAGCAGGAUGCAGUAACUCGAGAGCGUAGGAAAAGCUUCAAUCAGGGAGUGGCCUUUCCUGGAGCACCUGCACCGGCAGGGAAUAUAUACACUCCCCCUAGUCCUUACCAAGGAUACGCGGCUCCCCCCGCUGCCACAGGUUCAGGAUACACCAGGGAGCGAAAAUACAGCACCGGCGGCAGUAUUCUUUCCGACUUGGACAAUUCGUUCAAUAACAUGGGCAUUGUAGAUAGAGAUCAGAUUUCGGGGCCAGGGAUAGGUCGCCCACGAAAAUAUAGUAACAUUCAGGUUGAGAGUGGUGCAGGGGCACGACCUCUCAGUGCCUACGGUACCACCGGCGCGCAUUCUCCAAAUAUAGGGAGCACAUAUGCCCCUCCACCUCGACCUCUGUCGAGAAAUAGCGGCUAUGGAGGUGGUCAUUCUCCGAUCCCUGGUACUACUUCUCUUCCCUAUGCUCCGCCAAGGCCUCACUCCAGGAAUGCGAGCGUGAGCGGAGCCUACCCACCCUACACGAAUCCUUCUCCUGGCUUGAGAUCUGCUGAACCAGCUGGGGGUGUAUUUUUGCCCCAUGGCCCCAGGCCCUCCUCGCCUUACGCAAAUGCGAAUUAUCCUCCGACCGCUGCGCACGGUAGUGAUCCUUACGCUCGCGGCUCGUCACCCUUUGCCUCUCCUGCUGCACUACCUACGGAUGUCUACCCUCCAGGUCAUAUAUUGGAGGGACAACCAAUACCUCGAUCUCGUGCAACAACCCCAAUACCUGGGAUGGCACCCACUGGCUACCAGCCCGGAGGAGCUUACCAUCAAUCGGUGGGUGGUAGACCUGUCUCUCCUCAUCCUGCCCCUGCCGCCCCUACCACCAUCACAAAUGCUCCUCCUCAACAGCUGGCUGCUCCCGAGUGUUUCUCAAGGCCUAUUAAUGGCGCACACCCUUACACACCAUUUGAAACAAUGAAGAUUCAGGAUAUGAACGAUUUCUACGAAUCUGUGCCUAGGAUGCCAGCCGUCCUACAACCUCAUGAUGUUUACCCUGAAGAUUGGUCCCGCUUAAUGGGGGAUCUCGCUCUAGCUUGGGCUGGACGGCUUCCAGUACCAACUGCCCCCGGGUCUCAACCUCCCAAGCGGGCCACUGUAACGGGAUCUCUUGUUGAUCUGUGGAACCAUUCGUUUCUCAACCGUCGAGGUGUCGAGCUUGUUCUUUACAAAGGAAGAGAACGUCGCUCUGGCCCAAAUGCAGGCGUCAUAGAUUUACAUCUUCUCGUCCACGAUGACGCAGAUCUCUCUGAUACCGAGUCUUCGGAUGAUGAUGACGACGACGACGACGACGAAGAGCUGAGGUACAAUGCAGCUUACGGCACGUAUGCGGGUCGUCCUGGAUAUGCGCCUGAUAUGGCGGAAAUACGGCAGAAGCGCCUGGCUGCGAAGGCGGAGCGCAAACGCCGUAGAAAAGAAAAGAAGAGCAGGCAAAGGGCACGGGAAAGAGAGAAGAAAUACACCUUGUAUCUGGCCUGUGUCCCACAACGUAGUGUUGGCCAUCCUGGUGCAAUGCCUACACCAACUGUUCCCAAUUAUACGCAAGGAGGUUCUACUGGUUAUGGAGCUUACGGUGGAGGAUUCUAAUCGAUAACAAUUACGACUUUCCCCCUUCGGUGGAUCACGGUACUAACGAGACAACAGCCCAUGUAAAAACUAUAUUUCAUUAUGGAUUGAAUGGUUCUCUGGAAUAGCACUUUGGAGGCCAGACCGGGCGUCUAACGUUACUUGCGAAAUUGAAGUUCUUUCAUACAUCCCAAAGGUAUACAAGUGCACUCCAAGCCAUGAUGGUGAGGGAGUGCAAACUGGAGUUGACCGGACAUGAGAUAAUGAUAAUCGUUUGCA